CUUUGUCUGCACUCUCGCUCUUUUGUGAAGUAGAAGACCAAGAAGAAAACUUAAUUCUAAAAACAAACAAACAAAAAUACCCUUUCAAUUUCUUUUAAGUGCACCCGGAUGGAACUAAACAAAGUCGGGCGGGUAUCCUCUGCAGGCUACCGGUUACCGGAUCGAUCCGGUGCGGCCAGGCCGGCUACCCAGCCCUCGCCGCCGUGGAAGACGCGCGGAGCCCCGGGAGAGCCAGCUGUCUGCGCGUCCCAGCAUCCAGACAACAGCGACCUCGUCAAACAGGACCAGCUGUGGCGAGACUUUGUGCGGACAGAGAUGAGAGGAGUCCGGGAAUGGGAGAAGAACUGGAGCUUUCUGAAGAACUAUGACCAAAUGGGCCAGCUGAAGCCAGAGGAGCCUUUACCGACUCAUGUGUCCCUCUUCUCCGAUCGCCUGCCCAAUACCACCAACCACAUGUUUGGAAGCAGGGUGUCAACUCCGCUCGGGAGGGAGCUGAUGAGGCUGGACAGGUUGCUACAGUGGUCUGGAAGCCGUCACAAAUGCAAGCGAGAUCCAGAGAUGCUGCCCUGUUAGGGUCUGUCUGCAGCCGAGUCCCUCUCCCCCUGCAGCUGCUCUCCACAAAGCUGGGUGUGUAAAGCUGGGGCUGUUUGGAAGCCAUGCUAAAAAUCACAUCAGGUGACAAUAACAGGUGUAGGUAGAUGAUAAUACUAUGUCAUCACUUCUCUCAUUGCUGCACUUAAUCCUCAGGUAUUUCGUCUGUAGUUUUGGUGGCACAUCAUGUUAGAUUGAGGGAUAUUGCCACAGCUUGGGUUCUGGUGUAUUGAUACUUGUAAUGCAGCCUUUUCAAACAUUUUGAAUGUUAGAAAUAACAUUUCAUGUUGUCAAAUAGGGCAGAGCUAUGGCAUCUCUGUCCUCUAGUGCAGCACAGUUUGUGAUUCCCAAAUGCCUGCAUUCCCACAAAUUAAUCCGGGGUCAAAAUGUCAUGCGGAAACCAAGUCCACAUCUGUUUGUUUAAAUAAAUGUCCCCUGCAUGGGAACAGCUGGAUGAGCUAUCUUUCAUAGUAGCAUCUUAAUUGAUAGUUUGAAAAUGCCAUUGUUUAUGCCAUUGUUUCAUGUUGUGAUAAAUUACUGCCACACUGCCUUUGUUUUCCUAAUGCACAAAUUUGGUUUUAACUGAUAAAGUCACAGUUUUGUCAAAGUUCUGUCUUUCAAGACAUGCCCUUUCUAUUUUUGUAAAAGUUGUUCAACAACAGAAAAUUUUAUCAACUGAGCAUGCUUUAAUGAAGAUACAUUUUCUUUACAUUCUUUUCUCAGCAGUAGCUUAUAGUUACCUGCUUGGAAAAAUGGUAAAUAAAUGCAGUUGAGUAUGCUGUCAAGUACAGUAACAUUUUUGAAAAAA